AGUGGAUGGCGGGGCGGCGAGGAUCCACGUCCCGAGCCGGACCCCGGUCUUUUCUCGGCCGGCUCCAAUUACUUUUCGGGCGGCCGACCGCGCGCCUGUGCCUUGCAGCAUUGUCUCGCUCCUAGUGUUCCCGCCCAUAGCAGUGUCACCUUUGUCACCACCGCCCACACGAUCUCAGAUCCUGCCCCGACUCUGUCCGGAAGUUCUGAACUGCGCGCAACUAGCGACCUUUGCGCGCACACAUCGGCAAAUCUUUCCCUCACGCGACUACUGUGUUAAGGGACCGAAACACCGAAACGACCGAACGCCGAAUCGUCGCAUCAAAUUCGACCGGCCACCCGAACGCUGCCCCGCAAGUCCUCAAGUUCAUUCGAGAAGGACCCUGCCAGAGGCCGUGGAUACGAGAUCAACCCUCAAAGGGUAGACAGCCACCAAACAACAAAGAAGGAAACAGGAAUCAGAGUCAGCAAAAAUGGCCUCGACGAUAGCAGCGGCUACGAAAGUCUCCCGGAAGAUGUUCCGUGAACUUCACGGUGUCGUCGUGACCUCUGGCCUGAUUGAUAAGACGGUCAAGGUCAGGGUAGGCGGGCAGAAGUUCAACAAGUUCCUCCAGAAGCACUUCGACGACCCAAAACAAUACCUGGUCCACGACCCCAACAACUCUCUCCGUGCCGGUGACGUGGUCGCCAUCAUGCCCGGCUUUAUCACUAGCAAAUCCAAGCGGCACGUGGUCAAGCAUAUCAUUGCGCCCGCCGGCACGCCGAUCGAGGAGCGCCCGCCCAUCCCUUCACUGGAUGAGCUCUGGGACGCCAAGGACGCGGCAAAGGCGGCCAAGAAGGAGCGCAAGGUGCUGCGGGAAAAGAUGCAGGCAGCUGAGGAGGCGAUUGAGCUUGCUGAGAGAAUGGCUCGCCACGCCGUGAGGGAGAUUGCGAUGCGCGAGAAGAUCAUCAGCUUACAAAAGGUUGAUUGAGGAACGCAGUGUGGACAAGCCGAGUGACGAAGACGAGGGACCAGGAUUGGAGCGAGAUGCAUUCCGGCAUACGUCGGCUCAUGCACGCCCUCACUAUUUGUGUCUUUUGCUAAAGGAUGGUGUUGACGUUGGGGGAGGAGAGAGAAGGGGGGGUGGUGGUGGUUGGUUAUGGUCCGAGGUGUCUAGACUUGCGUCAAGGAUUGUGUCGAGAAGGCAUAAACAAACUUCGAGCACAAGCUGUUGGUAAAUACGUGCAGGAUUAUCGACGUAGACACGCUGUACGAUAUAAAGGACAACGCUAGAUGUCAGAAAAGGGAUGGGAAGCAUGGUGUCCGGAAGUAUUCGUCAACCUCUCGGAGUGAACGACGGGCAAGGGCACAAUGGAUGGAAGGGUGAUUAUACCAAUUGACACGUGGACAGCAGUGUGCGAACCAGCUUCAAUCCGCGCUGAACGAUUUAUUUGGCCAGCAAAGCGGAAUUCUACUUGGAUUGCUGUGUGAUGGACUGCGAUCACCUCCGCCCUCUUUGCUGCCCCAUAUGGGUGCUUUCCGAAUGCGCACCGUUACUAUUUCCGCUCUGCCCGCUCCUUGCCCUGACAGCUUAUAGAUACCUAUAGUUGUGAUGCCUGUCACACUCUUUGAUUUGUGUCACCGAGCAAUACCCUUCUUCGAAGUGGUUUCUACAGGCUUGCCAGACCCAGACAUUACCCAUUCCCUGACAGCCUGA